UUCAUUUUCUAUCGUUAGUUAGUAUUCAUCACUUGACUUGAAAAUAUUGGGAGGUUUCUUAAACAAAAUUGUCGGAUAGUUGAUGAUCUCAAAUGUCAAAAUGAGAUUAUAUUUGUUGUUGCUACUGGGAAUACAAAGUUUGUGGUGGUCGCAUGUUAAGGCCGAUGGUUUGGUAGAAGUAUUCAAAUGGAAACAAAUGGAUUACUACAAUCGGGGAAGCAAUCCCCAAAUGACGCCGUCGAGUAUUCCAACAAUGGAAAAUCUCAAUCGACCAGGAGUCAUUUACUUUCCUGGACAAUACCACGGUAUAAGAAGCAAACGUCAAGCACCUGUUGCCAAUGCAUCGUUCAUACCAUACAAUAAUGUACCAAUGGGUGUGACUCACUACAAGGGAAGACUCUUCAUUACAAUGCCUCGCAGAAGAGUUGGAAUUCCUUCGACACUAAACUACAUUGAUUUGACUAAAAAUGGGCGCGAGAAGAGUCCUAAACUAACGGCAUAUCCGGAUUUCGAAACAAAUCAAUUUGCUGGAAAUACAGGGCGUUUGGUAUCGGUUUAUCGAACAGAUGUUGACACAUGUGGACGCCUGUGGUUCAUCGAUACCGGCAUGUUGGAAUAUCCAAACAAUCGCAUGCAGGUGCAACGACCUUCGAUCUGGGUAAUGGAUUUAAAAACCGAUCAAGUCGUACGACGUUUUGAAGUACCCGAGUCUAUAGUUGCUGAAGGCCGUGGUUUUGCCAGCAUAACCACCGAUACUGACAAGGGAUGCGACAAGACCUUUGCUUAUCUACCAGAUUUGGUAAAUAGACAGCUAUACGUUUAUAGUUACGAACAGAAUUCCAUGUGGACUUUCCAACAUAAUUACUUCAACUUUGAUCCCAUCGCUGGAGACUUCAAUAUUGGCGGUCAAUCGUUCAGUUGGGAUGAUGGCAUAUUUUCAACAACGUUAACCCCCAAGAGCUCAGAUGGUUCUCGCAAUGUCCUAUUUCAUGCUAUGGCCAGCUUUAAUGCAUUUGCUGUUUCAAAUGCCGUUCUACAAAAUCCCGCCAAUGCCCAACGUUCCGAUCACGGCAGAGAUUUUCGUUUAUUAGGUAGCCGUGGACAGGAUCGUCAGUCGACAAUGCAUGAAUAUGAUCCACGUACUGGUGUUGUGUUUUAUGCAGAAAUUCAACGCAAUGCCGUUGGUUGCUGGAAUGGUCGGAAACCAUUUACUCCGGCCAAUCAGGGAACAGUUGCCCAAGAUGCACAACGUAUGAUAUAUCCAAGCGACUUGUCGAUUGACGAUGAGGGUACCAUGUGGGUUAUGACAAACUCAAUGCCCAUAUUUAUUUACUCAACUUUGGAUACAAACAUUUAUAAUUUCCGUGUUUGGAAGCAGAACACUGCCACUGCCGUACUCAAUACUGUAUGCGCCUAACUGCACUGAGAUGUAAUUUUUUCGGAACUUAUAAAAAAAUUCAAUUAUAAAUAAAUUGCAAUACUCAUUUUUGGUUUUUCUAUAAAUUAA